AUGGACUCAGCUCUCCGCGCCAUGCGACCACUUCAGAGCACAACCUCCGUGAAGACCCGCCAACGCCGCGCCGCACUGGCCAUGGGACUUCGUGGGGAGCUCAAGCGCAAGUUGCGCAAAUUGAUCAAGCCCUGGAAGACCUCGACGAGCAAACCACCGUUCACCGCAGAGCAGCUGGUUGUCAUCGCUCUGUUCCUGUGUCCGCCAGAAGGAUCGACGCAAGCGAGGGUGGAGCGGUUCAUCAUGCAGCAUUUUGGGUACUACCUGAAGCUGGCUCUCGCCUGCACCCCAUUAGCCGACAGCAAGCACUUGACCGCACCAAGAUCCAACCAGCGGAAGGUUGAGGCGUUUCAGAAGGACUGUAACAGGGUGUACCGGCAGUUCGAGGUUCCAAUUCAGACUGCGUCUAGUUCGGAGGGGUCCACAGCGAGAUGGACCAUUACCGCGGCUGCAACACACAUCUUCUUGCGCGAUGUGCUCAGACCGAGUGCACCCGAGGAGCCGUUCCCCUUCCAGCGAUUGCCAGCGGAGCUUCGCAACCGCAUCUAUGAGUAUGUCUUGCGGUUCCCGACACAAGGAGUCUGCGUCAAAGUCAAGGCCGAAAAGCCUGGAAAAGAAUCCAAGAGUAUCCCAGCGCAGUUCUCUGUGAUUAGAGACCAGAAGCUGGAGAUGAAUGGCUCUGGCGCUUCCGACUUCUACUACAAACUCGAGUCAGCAUACCGGGACUACCCACUUGCUAAUCACCCAGAUGGUCUUCCUAAAGGUAUACAGAACUGUCUUCCUGCAGCUGAUCAUCUUUCCGUGUUGUCAGUGAGCAAGCAAGUCUUCCAAGAAGCCAUGCCGAUCUUCUACAGCACCAACAACUUCACGUUCGACAGCCUGCAGCACCUCCUAUGGUUCCUCGAGGCCACCCCAGCAGCUCGACGCGACCACAUUGAACACGUCAGCUUCUAUUACAUGGAUGGAUAUGAGAAGUUCGCGAGCCCGGCCUUCAAGCUUCUCAAGGAAAUCUCUCAUCUCCGUGAGCUUGACAUCGGUGUUGCUGAGUCGUAUUGGAAGAAUCUGGUGAAGGUAGACUGGACUCCCAAGUAUCCGGAUGUGCUCAAGGUACCUGGCGCCUUCACCCUGCGCAGCAUUCGUGGUCUGAAGGUGGUCCGAUUCCACGGCGACUGCGAGACUUUCAAGACAUUGAUUCCCGAGAUGACAGGCGAGAAGAAGAAGGCGAAGGCUCCGAGGAAGCGCAAAGCAAAAGCUGAUGCAGACAAUGCCGAGCCAGCGGAGGAUGCUAAAAAUGGCGAAAACGUCCAGAAGCAGAUUGCACCGGCCAAGAAGAAAGCCAGGAAGGGGAAGAGCACUUGA